UCCCGAUCGCCUGGAGGAGAUGCACCGGGGACCUGUGGCACAGCUACAAAUUACGAGCUUCGACAUCACAUCCUUCACUGACAUGCUUGACCUCGGUCCAAGUGCUGCAAAAUCGGUCAAGAAUGUUGUGAAGAGUGUAAUGCUGUAACCUUUAAACAGAGAGACUUACCCUUACGAUAUUAAUUGUUGGCGCGGCUUCUAUA